AUGACCUCUGCGUGUGAUCGAAGUGUUAUGCCACGUGAUGAUUUAAAUGAAGCGGAAGAUUUAUUAUUGGCAAAUGAAGUCAUCAUUGGUCGCUUUGUUGUAGAAGAAAAAAUUGGGCAGGGAAGCUUUGGGCAGAUUUUUAGAGGAAAAGAUAAACGUCAAAAACGAACUGUAGCAAUAAAAGUGGAACCAGAACAUCACGGUGAAUUAGAUAAUGCGCCGAAUGAUCCGCGUCGUUUAGUCAUCGAACAACAAGUCCUACUAACACUACGAAAAAAACCCAACAUACCAAUGAUAUAUGCAAGUGGAAAAACAGAAAGGAAUUGUCCGUAUAUUGUGAUGCAAAUACUGGGAAAAAAUUUGACGACGUUACGGAAAGAACGAACGGAACCAAAGUUCACUUUAUCAACAGCAUUCCGUACUGGCCAACAAGUGGCACAUGCAUUGCAGUAUUUGCAUGAAGCAGGUUAUAUACACCGCGAUGUUAAACCAUCAAAUUGUUGCAUUGGUGUUCCACCCGAAACAUCCAUCAUUUAUCUUGUUGACUUUGGAAUGUGCCGAAAAGUGAUCGAUUCAAAUGGUAAAUGGCACAUGCCGCUAUUAAAAUCAAUAUUUAAAGGAACUUUACGAUAUGCUUCGUUGAAUGCAAUUCUUACACGUCAAUGUGGGCCAUGUGACGAUAUGAUGGGAUGGAUUUAUUCCAUUAUCGAAUUAGCAUUAUCAAAAUUACCAUGGGCAAAGAGUGCGCCCCGUGAUAUGAUACAAAAAAAGGCGGCAAUUACCGGUGAAGAAUUAUGCGCACAAAUGCCGCCACCAUUUUUGCAAUGCUAUAAUUAUGUUAAAAGUCUAAAGCCAACGGACAUGCCACGGCAUAGUUUUAUUAACGAAUGUAUUAAACGAUGCAUUCCACUAAAUGCUAGACCAAAUGAUCCCUAUGACUGGGAAAUUACUAAUGCAACAUAA